UCGACUCCCACCCCCACCCCACUCUCGCUCCCUCCUGCCCUGCCUUUGUUGGAUCUUUUCCCCUCUCGUCUCACAUUCCCCUCGCCUAGUUCCACCCCCACCCACCGGUCAGGUCACCGCCCGCCCCCGUCGUCGCCCCGCCGGGGGCUCCUCACCAUCCCGACGCCGCACCCGCACCCGCACCCGCACCCGCAUCGCAUCACCGCCUGCUCCCACCGUCCGUCCUCCUCGAUCGCUGGUACCUUGGCGCCACGCGGCUCCGACCUCGUCCUGUCCUCCUCCAUCCACUGCCAUCGGCAUCGGCGGCGGCGAAGUCUUCUUCCCGGCCAUCUUCUCAAAGGGUAAUCAAUUGCCAGGCUUUUGAUGGCACAAGGCGCCAACUUUCCAAACUUCAUCGGCGCCGUGGGUGGCCAUGAUGAUGGCGUGAACUUUGGCGGGAACUUCUGUGACAUGGCCUUCUACCAGAAGCUAGGGGAGGGCUCCAACAUGUCUGUUGAUAGCAUCAACAGCAUGCAGACCAGCAUGCAUGGUGGAUCCAUCGCCAGCAGCAUUUGCUCUAACAGUGACUCCCGCACUGGCAUGCUUGGCCAUCCUGGUCUCAAGGGGCCUGUCAUUGUGGGAAGCUACUCAGUUGGGCACAGCAUCUUCCGCCCUGGCCGGGUGUCCCAUGCCUUGAGUGAGGAUGCACUGGCACAUGCUCUGAUGGACAACAAGUUCCCAACUGAAACGCUAAAGGAUUAUGAGGAGUGGACUAUUGAUCUGGGGAACCUGCACAUGGGCAUGGCCUUUGCACAAGGUGCCUUUGGGAAGCUCUACAGGGGAACAUACAAUGGGAUGGAUGUUGCUAUUAAGCUUUUGGAGCGACCUGAGGCUGACCCUGAGAAAGCUCAACUGUUGGAGCAGCAGUUUGUCCAAGAAGUUAUGAUGCUUGCAACUCUGAGGCACCCGAAUAUUGUCAAAUUCAUUGGUGCGUGCAGGAAGCCAUUGGUUUGGUGUAUUGUCACAGAGUACGCAAAGGGUGGGUCUCUUAAGAAUUUCUUGAGCAAGAGGCAGAACAGGUCUGUUCCGCUGAAGUUGGCAGUUAAGCAGGCAUUGGAUGUUGCACGUGGCAUGGCCUAUGUCCAUGGCCUUGGGUUCAUUCACAGAGACCUGAAGUCAGACAACCUCCUGAUUUCUGGUGAUAAGUCCAUUAAGAUUGCUGACUUUGGAGUGGCUAGGAUUGAAGUCAAGACUGAGGGGAUGACACCUGAAACUGGAACAUACCGAUGGAUGGCUCCGGUUGGCAAUGCAACACCAAGAAGACAUGGGGCAAUAUGGGACGAAGGAAGAUUUUGUUCCAUUUGGUUCCACGAAUUGGGCCCAACCUUGCAGAACUGAAAUGGGCAGAGUCUAGAAGAGGUGGAGCAAUAUCGGACAAAGGAAGCUUUGGUCGUGGUUCCAUGAAUUGGGCCCCCCCAACAAUGAACAUGGUCCUUGCCAUGGUGACGGCGACGAUGGCUGGAAAGGAGAAGCCGAACGAAAGAUGGGCAUAUCGCUUGCACGGUGGAUAGCUAGAUGUGUAAAUCAUUGGCAACUUCCAUUUCUUUUGCAAUCAAACAUGAUCCAAAAUUUUCAUGUGAUUGCUAUUUUGUAAUUCCUUUGCAACCAAACGCAAUAAUUGGUAUCGGGGAGCCUUAUGGUGGCAUUUAGCACCAGAUGGGUGGGGCAUGUAUCUAAUCACGAUUAAAAACGUGGAUGCAUCGGACCUUGUUCCCUAUAACACUAAUGGCAGAUACGUCACCUUGUGCCCUUGUACCUACUUGCGUUCGCAUUGUCAUUGCCCUACCUGCUCGUGGCCAAAACCCUACGCCCUUCUGUAUUGACAAGGGUUGCCAUUGGUGAAGCAUGCGUCUACACGAAAGCUUUUGCGAGUGAGGAAAAUUGAUUUCCCACCAUUCUUGCGUUUGCACUCGAUCUUGUUCUGAUGACUCUCGCUCGCACAACAUUGGUGGAAGUUGUUGCCUACUCUGGGAGUAUGAGCUGGGUUUGUCGCCUCGUGAGACGGCGACAAGUGUUCUCUCCUCAUUUAGUGAGGUAAUUGUGGUUAAUUUAACCUAAAUAGAGAGCAAAACCACGACGUCGUCUGUGCCCUAAUAGUCCCUCCCACUACCACAAAAUAAACACAAUAAUCUCUCUGCAAUGACUUGAGCAUCAAAGCUUCUCUCUCCCAAUCUUGGAGUCACGUGUAGACAUUGGGCCAUAAUUGUUGCUAGUGGUGUUGCUUCACUACCAUCUCCAAGUAAUCUUCUACGAAAGUUAAGAGAUGUGCUCUCCAUAUUUCUACUCAUCGAUAAAUCAUGACUAGUCAUUGUCUAAUCAUGAUUGGACAUUUGGAUGACUAGUUGAUUCCAUGUGAUGUGGCUUGACUUUCCAACUUGAAAACAAACCAAGGUGCUUUACCACACUCUUGAAUGAGCAAAAAAUCAUUAUGCAAUAUUGAUUAUUAGAUUCUUUCUUUGCAAGACAUACUUCAAAAGGGAAAUCCUCAGUCGUGUUUCAGACCACGACGUGGCCAUUGCGCGGUGCGAUAUGGUGAUCAUGGCCUCCACCCCAUAGCAUAGAAAAGCAUAGGAUAGUUCAAUCUUAAGGUCGUUGUGUUCUUGGUGGAAAGAAUCAUCGAUUCUCGCGACGCAUAUGGCGGGGUUUUCUUGAUUCUCGUGGUGGGACGGCCGCAUAUCCGAUUUUAAACGGUCCCAAACACGCUCCUUAGCUAAUUCUUGGUGAGUAGCAAUAAUAUUUGCUACAGGAAGAGAGCCAACUUGGCUCCCUAUGGUAGGAAAGCUCACUAGCAACAAAGGAGAUGGCUACAAUCAACAAGUCACAUUUGUAACUUGCUCCUCUACAAAUCACAUGUUAGCUAGAGGUGCUACCUGAUGCGCAACAUGAUAUUGUCGUUCAUGCCAUGCAACCAACAAGUUAUCCAAAUGUCUUUAGUCAUAUCAAAUUAGUUGAAGGCCAACCUUGGAGCUAUUUGUUUCAUAUCUUCUAUCUACUUCGCCAAUGGGAACACUAUUCACUUCAAUUUUGAAUUGAUAUUCAAACGAGAUUCCUAAUCUCCACUUGGCUACUUAAGUAGUGUUUGGUUAGGGUAUUUGUAAUGUAAAUGGAUAAUGUCGUUAACCGAUUCCAUUAAACCUUAUUUGUUUUAGUGCAAGCCGUAAUCGCUUCCGCCAAAUCAGAUGCUGCCACCUGUUGCCCCUCCCACUCCGACGUCAUGAGAUUUUGAUUGCAAGCUACUUUUCCUUUCUCCUCUCGACUUCAUCGGUGCCUUCGAUACCACAUCUUCGUUUGCCCCCCGCACGCUAAAGCUUCCGCGGUGGCCAUGCUGUUGUUGAUUGCUGCUUCACUAACCAUUGGCUAGCCUCAGUGGCAUAUUCAUCGAUGGUCGGUGACCCAUGCCUUUGGUCAGGGUAGCUCUGCUUCCGAGACCAAGGUAGUGAGGUCAUGCCGCGCUAUUUGUCCUUGUUUAUGUUCAAAAGGCCUAUGCAUCAUCUCAUUAGCAUCUGAUGAUCUUGGCAAAGAUGGACUACUAGUUACAAAUACAUUACAUGUUUAAACCGAACAAAUCUUGUUUUGACUUGUACUCUUCACAUUCCCUCUGUGAUAUGAUAUCGUUACCGUUAGUGUUUGCAGGGAUGGAACCAAACACUACCUUAGUAAAUAUCCAAGCCAAUUGUACCUCCCAUGGCAAUUAAAUGGCACCCUUGGUAGAUGAGCAUUUGUUUUGAAUUCAACUUUUAGUCUCUUGGCUAGCUAGAUGCAUGACCUAUGCCCAUUGUGCUUAUCAUUCUAAAAAUGGCUGACUGUUUUUUUUUGUUGGAAAAAUCGUGACUAGUUAUUUAUGCAGCUAGCCAUUUAUAUAGUUCUAUAGUUUGAGUUUGUUGUGGCCCCUACUUCGUAAUAUCUAGGCACUCACUCAAGCUAUUUAGGGUUAAGCAACUCAACUAAUGAUCGUGUUUCUCUAAGAUGGCCUAUUGGGAUAACAUUGUUCUUGUCACUAAGAAUUAUCCUCAAGCUUGUUUUCCUCUACCUUUUCUGUGAUAUCAACGGUGAAAAAAAAACAUUCCUAGCUUACCGGACAAACAUAUCGUGUCCACUAUCCUAAAUUGGCAAGUUUGGUCUUGACCAGCCAGGUAAAAGUUGCAUAGGAUCCAAAUGUCCAUGUUGAAGAUGGGAGGUAGGUGAGACCUGAGAGUGGUUGCUUUUUGCUUAUUCCUUUGACCUGAUGUAACCGCAAAGCUCACAAACAACCUGGGUAACAUGGCCUAAAUCCGAUCCUUGUCUCUUCCAUGUGUUAGUGGAAAACCUACAGCCCAUGGGUUUGGCUCUUGGAGAUAUGCAAAUGAUGAUCAGUUGCCAAAAAUCGUUAUAGAAAUUUCAGUAUGGAUUG